CCGUCCCUCCUUUCUUUCCCUCCUUCCCAUACAGCACUUCGACAUGCCGGUCAGUGUCGCUUGUCUAUAUCAGUCUGUGCUUCAGGCGAUUUCAAGAGCCCUCUUCGGUUCUUCGUCCAGUCCGAGCGCGCCAAGUGAACCAGUGUCACUCCUCGAUCUCCCGAACGAGACGCUCGUUGAGAUCGCCUUCCGUUUAGACAACCGCAACCUAUACGCCUUUUUUCUCGUCAGCAAACGCCUCCAUGCCGUUGCGGAACCCGUUCUUUGGCGUGAACUCUCUUCCCUGGUGCCGAUAUUGCGUUUACUGCCUGAGUACUUCGAGCGAAGUAAGACUGUCAUGGGCUCGAAUCCUGGCACAGACCUCCCGCACGAUAUCUGGGAGCGCAAUCCCAACAUCGUUCGCCUCGCCAAUCACGUCCGCAAGCUACUCAUCCACCCCAUCUCCGACAUCAACAGGGACCGCAAGCAUGCGACCUUCUACGACGAUGCCAACUGCACUUCCGUGAGAUGGCAUGCUCUCCAAGCCGUCGUUAACUCGAUUCCUCCUUCGUCCGACUUUAUCCUCUUCCCCCGCCUUCAACACCUCACGGUCAACACCAGCUUCCAUGCAGGCCUUUCCGCCAAGAUCCUGCUCCCGCUUGUUGGGCCCCACGUUAACACAUUGGAAGUUCACUGUCCCAUGCGCUCCCUUGACCACCUCUUCCGUCGCUGCGAUAUUCGUUCCUUCGCAUAUCUCGAGCCUUCGCCCACGAUCUAUAGAAGGCACCCGCCAGUGGCCCCGCAUAUGGCGCUGACUAUACCUGCCCUCAACGACAUGGCCCACGAGAUUGAAAAGCUGCACACCCUGCGCCUGCGCUUCAACUACGGGAACGGACUCCUCCCGCUGCUGCGACCCGCACAGGCUACGUUGCGUGUUCUCGACAUUGAGAUCGAGAAGCUUGCGGAGUCGGUGACGGACUACGGGCUCGUCGACUUGCGCUCGCUGACCGUGAGAAGCCAGCGACCGGCGUUCGUGAGCGCGCUUGCGGGGUCGACGCGGCUUGAGGUCGUCGCGCUGUAUGACUUGAUCAUCCGAGACGCAGACGACUUCGCGGAUGUCAUGAACAAGCUCGACAAGGACACGCUGCGUCGGGUGUAUAUCCAAGAAAGACCACCUCCGCAGGGAAGUGCUCCCUGGAAUCUCGAAGCGCGGCACCUUGACGCGUUGACGUCGUGCCCCAACCUGCUCGAAAUCGACAUUCGAGCGUUGAGCGUCAUCUCGAUUACAGACGAGGAAUGGGAGGCGUUGGUACCGUCGUGGCCGCGCCUGCGAUACCUCCGCGUCCAGCCCUGCAUGCUCCCUCGCGACCUCGAUUUUUGGCGCGAACCUCGUUUGCCCGCAUCGCCCACGGCUACCCUCGCUGCCUUGAUCCCCAUCUCUUGCUCCUGCCGCUACCUCGAAGAGCUGAGCAUCCCAAUCAAGAUGAACGAGCCGGUGCCGACGCUCUAUGACGACCUCAUCCUCGAUCAGUCGCAUCUGACGAAGUUCGAUUUGGGCGAGCGGGAGAUUCGCUUGGUUGGCGCAAGCACCUGGGAUGUAGUGCAAUUUCUGCUCGCGCUCUUCCCUGAGCUGCGCCACGUCAAAGCUGUCAGGACAGAUGUGUCUGCGAACGAUUUUAUUUGGGAUGAUGUGGUGGAAGCGCUGGCCUCCGACGAUUUUUAUAACGGAUGGUACGACAUGAAACGCUUGGAGUAUGGUUCUGAAUAA